CUAGCUAAAACGUGUGUUGAGGGACCAUCUAAAACUUCCGUACUUCUAAAUAAAUGAUUUUUUUCUUAAACUAAACUCGUCGAAAGAAGAUUUUUUAAAGAAAAAGUAGAAUAGGCCUACUUCAAACAAUCUAAAAAUGAAAAUGAAAAUGUAUUUAAAUGUAUUAGAAUUAGGCAUACUAUUUACUUAAAAUUGCUUAAAGUUUUUAGGGGCCUAUAUACUAGAUCUAUAUACAUUUAAAUACUUCCUCAAUAGGACAAGCUUGUAAUAGAAAAAUCUAUUUAUAGGCCUAAUUAUAACAAAAUUAUUUGCCAAAACAACUCUGAAGAAGUGAACAGAUGUAACAAAAAUACAAAAAAAAUAGUAAUACUGAUUUCUAAAAUAGAUCUAGAUCUAGAUUUUUUUAGAAUGUUGGACUUUGAAAAUAACAUUUUUUUGGAUGCCUUUCAUGAAGAUGGCCUCGUAAUUAUGUCACGGGGUCUUGGUAUCACUCGGCUUUUCUCUGAAUUCCUGAAGGUGUACAGUGACCCUGCAAGCCUAGUGCUUGUUUUGAACACCACGCCUUCAGAUGAAUCUUAUUUCACAGAGAAACUGGAAAAACAAGGGAUCUCAAAUUUACCAAAGAUAAUCACAAAUGAAAUAAGUUCAUCUGAGAGACAGACAACUUAUGUAAAAGGAGGAGUUUUAUUUAUUACAUCAAGAAUAUUAGUUGUAGAUCUGUUGACUGAUAGAGUACCAGUUGAACAUGUAACUGGCAUAAUGGUCUACAAAGCUCAUAAGAUAAUCGAAUCAUGUCAAGAAGCUUUUAUUUUACGGUUGUAUCGGCAAAAAAAUAAGACAGGUUUCAUUAAAGCGUUUACAGAUAAUCCUGAGUCAUUCACUAGUGGGUUCUGUCAUGUGGAGAGGAUUAUGAAGACACUCUUUGUGAAGAAACUCUUCCUAUGGCCACGCUUUCAUGCCAGUAUAGUUUCUACUUUUAAAAAACACCAAGUGAAUGUGAUUGAAAUUCACUUGCAAAUGACAACAGCCAUGACAGCAUGCCAGACAGCUCUGCUUGAUCUCAUUAAUGCUUGUAUUAAUGAGUUAAAGCGCUCUAACCCUGGAAUUGAUACAGAUGAAAUAACAGUAGAAAAUGCACUCUCCAAAGCCUUUGAGCUUUUGAUAAGGUUACAGUUAGAACCUGUCUGGCAUCAGUUGAGCUCUAAGACCCGGCAGCUUGUAGCAGACUUGAAAACCCUCAGGCUCAUUCUCAGGCACCUUACUCAGUAUGACUGUGUCACGUUUUACAGUUUGGUUCAGUCUAUCAGGACCAGUGAAAGGUUGUUUGGACAGAACACUGGCUGGCUGUUCUUGGAUGCUGCUGACAGCUUAUUUGUGCAUGCAAAAGAGAGAGUGUAUGGAAAUACUAAAUUUCGAGAAAAAAGUAAAAAGAAACCAAAUGAAGUGGAAAAGGAGCAGGAUGAUGAAAACACGGAUGAUGAAGACGUGUCAAAAGGACUUGAACAGUGUCCAAAGUGGCUCGCCUUGAGUGAAGUUCUGGCUGAAAUAGCAGAGGAAGAGGAAAACUGCUGCGAAGUGGAGGCUCCUGAAACUGCUGAUGGUGGCGAUGUCUUAAAAGCUGGAAGUCGCAUCCUCAUUUGUGCUGAAGAUGACCGAACUUGUAAUCAGUUAAAAGAGUAUCUUUGUGUGGGUGGAGAACAAUUGAUGGACAGAUUGUUUAAGAAAUAUGUUUCCAUUAAGGGAGGACAGAAGACAUCACAUAUAAAUAAUGAUGGUAAGGGAACAGUGAAAGCUAAAGAGGCUGAAAAAAAAGGUUUCAAUAAAGCCAAAACUGACAUAGUCACAUUAACUUUAACUCAGAUGAUGAAUGCAGCAAAGGAGGAUGACGCUAAUGGGAAGACUGAGAAAGCAACAAGUUCCAAAGAUGCAUACAGUGGGAUAGUUACUUCACCAAUGACCAUCAUUCACCCUCUUCAUGGGUCCACAGACUCCCAUGGUAUACUGCGGGCAAUAGAAGAACUUCAGCCGAAAUAUGUUGUCUUAUAUGAUGCUGACAUGGGCUUGGUUCGGCAGUUAGAGGUGUUUAAGGCCUCUAGACCAGGAAAACCUCUCAGGGUGUAUUUCAUGAUGUACAAGGGCUCGGUUGAAGAACAAAGAUAUUUAACUUCUCUACGAAAAGAGAAGGAAGCAUUUGAAUAUUUAAUUCGAGAAAAAUCAACUAUGGUCAUCACAGAAGAACAGGAUGGCAGAAGUGAAAAUGACCCUCACCUUGCUAGAGAUCAAGGUCAUCAGGCAGCAAGUAGUUCCAGACAAGGAGGGUUUGAGAGUGUACAGCAGCAGAAGGUCAUUGUUGAUAUGAGAGAAUUCAGGAGUGAGCUGCCAUCACUUAUUCACAGACGUGGAAUUGAUAUUGAGCCUAUCACCAUUGAGGUUGGAGACUAUAUCUUGACACCAGAUAUAUGUGUUGAGCGCAAGAGUGUUAGUGAUCUAAUUGGUUCAUUGAAUAAUGGACGUUUGUACCAGCAAGCACUUUCCAUGUCCAGGUUUUAUAAGAAACCCAUGCUGCUGAUUGAGUUUGAUGCCAAUAAACCGUUUGCACUUCAGACUAAAUCUGCAGUAAGUGGUGAAGUGUCACUACAGGAUAUCACAUCCAAGCUGGCCAUGUUGACCAUGCAUUUUCCUAAACUUCGCCUUUUGUGGUGUCCUUCACCUUAUGCCACCGCUGAGUUGUUUGAGGAACUAAAGAGUGGAAAACCCCAACCAAAUGCAGAGGUAGCAAUGACAAUUACUGCAGCAUCCAGUGACAUGCCUGAUUGGUCAGAUAAAUAUAAUCACGGUCCACAGGACUUUGUGCUCAGGAUGCCAGGAAUUAAUUCCAAAAAUUUUCGAUAUAUUUUUAAUAAAUAUAGUAAUUUGUAUGAGGUCUCUCAAGCCAGCCUUGAGGAGUUGACGCAGGUUUUAGGGAGCAGUGUACAUGCACAGCAGCUUUACGACUUUUUACAUAAGGAAUAUUCUUUCCAAGGUGAAGUCAAGCCUGCUGCUGUGGAGAAAAAGUGGAAAGGAAAAGGGAAGGGGUUCUCACAUCGUGGGAAAGGGGUUAAAAGAAAAAAAUAAA